UUCGCGGUUUCUGAGAUGUGGCAUCACUGCCAAUGUCGUAUUCAACAUGUAGGAGCGCGUUUAAAUUUUUGUAUACAUGAUACGAGCCGCUACUAAUCAACGAUGGCAGAUUUCAACGAUGGAGUGGAUGGGAAGCUGGCGUUUAGAAUGCGAAAAGUCAAUCCCGAACAAUUUCACACGCUCGUAAGGAUGCACCUAUCCUUCGAAUUGGAUCUUAAUACGGAGGACAACGAUGGUAUUACUGAGAAAGCGAGAUUGAAAAAAUGGGGUCUUCUGAGCUUCACCAAAAAGCCCAAGUCUUCGGUUAACUUAGAAAAGGGUACAGAAGGUGUUACAUUAUCCGAGGAUGGUAUAAGUCACGUGACCCAAUUGAUAGAUUAUUUAUCUAAAGAACAAAAUAUUGUACAAGAGGGAAUAUUUCGACGUACUGGAAAGUUAACAAGGCAACAAGACUUAAAAACGGCUAUGUCUCAAGGUGUAUCUUUGGAUCUCGACGAUGGUCGAUUUAGUGUACACGAUUGUGCCUCUGUAUUGAAAGGAUUUCUAGCAGAACUGUCUGAGCCGCUCCUCACAGAUCUACAUUAUCCAGCACAUUGUCAGAUAGCCGAAUUAUGCAGCUUGGAUGCAAAAACAAAUGACACGAGAUUAUUGAGUUCUUUACAACUGCUUCUGCUGCUUUUGCCACCAUCUAACAGAAUUUUAUUGAAAGCUAUCCUUAUUUUGUUGAAUAAGACAGCGAGUUAUGAGCAUAGUAAUAAAAUGAAUAGCGAUACAUUGGCAACUCUCUUUACGCCACAUUUAUUAUGCCCACGAAAGUUGUCACCUGAAGCCUUGCAUAUCAAUUCGCAGAAUCUAUCUUGUUUAGUUGCAUUUAUGAUUAGAAAAGGUACGGAAUUAUUCGAGAUUCCGCCGAAAUUGGCUACAGAUAUAAGAGCAUACUGGGUGGAGCAAGAAAGAAAAUUGUUGAGUCCUAAGAAGACUGAUUUGAACGAGUCAGUACAAGACACAACUGGUACAGCACACACUGUAUUCAGUUUUGUCGAUCGUAAAUUAACAGCAAAAGCAAAUUCUAUACAAGAUACCCAAGCAGCAUUGGCUCAGCUCUAUGCUCAUAUACAAGCUAUGCCGGAAUCGGCCAAGAAACGGCGACUUGUAAAACAGUUUAAUAAGGAGAAUGGGCAAGGUACACCUAGGCAUGUAAAAAACUGCAAAACCAAGAGUCUCGGUGAUUCCAUCAAGAAACAUAUUUUUCAAAAGAAAAUCUUAGGACACAAGAAAUGCAUUGACAAUAAUAUCGGAUGCAAUAUCACUAGAUCGAGCAGCGAAGAGAAUAUAUUAUCGACGAAACUAGAAGACUCAUUGUUUCCGGCAAGGAUGCUUCUUAGCAAAUCAAACGAUGAAUUCAGCACAGAAAACUGUGAUAAAAUUAAUAAUGAUCUUCUACAUGCCAAACACAUGAGUAGUAGUAUAGAUAGCUUUAAGAAUGAGACUUUAACAAGUUGUAAAAUAAAAAAGAAGCUCUGUAAUCAAUCUACAAACACAAGAGAGGAAGUGGAUGAAAAAAAUAUGCAACACGAUGCAAAACAGAGCUUAAGUUUGAUAGAACUCAGCUGGAGUACAAGUUUACAGGAGAUUAAUGUAAUAACUAGUGACAAUAAUCCAUCCGAUACUGAUAAAUUGACGCGACAACUCGAUUACCAAAUAGAACCACCAGAUGUGUGUUCUACUCAAGAUGUAAAUCACUGUGAUAAUUUGUUAACGAAUGACGAUGAAUUAGUGCCACACAACUCGGAAUCUAUACCUACGUUCACUGUAACACCAAACGUAGAAACUUCCCCUAAAAAAUCUUUUACAUCAAGCAUAAAAUUAUCCGAAACUACUCUGAACGUUGAGCCGCGUAACGAAAACGCAUGCAAUUUACAGUCCCCGAUUGUAAAAAACAGAUUCAGAAAUGUGUAUGCUGUUCAUACGUCAACGCCGUCGAGUUUAUUACGAAGCAUGGUUACUAACGAUUAUAUCUUGACUCCUAUAACUAACAACGAUAAAAGCAUGAGUCCAAUUACGCAAAGUGCAACGAAAAUGACAAAAGCUAUGCAGGAAACUAUGAUGACUCCGCGCUCCAGAAAGCCAGUAAUGAUAGUUUCAACUUCGAAUCUUUGCAAUCUCGUCACUGGCAAUAACAGCUGCGAUUCAUGCGGACCGAAUCUAGACAUGGUUGAUACAAUAAAUUGCGCUUCUAUUUUGGAAGAAUCCCAGACAUACAAUAGCAUGGACAAUAUUUUGCCUCAUGUGAAGGAUGUCGAAAAUAAAGAAAAUAAUGAAGUAGACACUCUCAAGAAGCAUAAUUGUGUCCAAUCUAUUACGAAUUGUUGCGCUUGUACACAACAAAGUUCGAUGUCUAUAACGAGUACGUUUAGAGAAUACUUGUUGUCGAGAAGCGUCUUAACUGCCAGUCCCGUCGAUCUCAGUUUUACGUCGCGGACGGGAGAUUUUGAGCAAUCUGAAUCUGACUUAAAUCUCUUAAACGACGAUACACUGUCCGACAGCUUACUGUGCUGUUUGGACGGUAAUCAGCCAGAAUCUGAUACUUCCGGCAUAGCAUCUGGUAGUACAAAUAAUUCCACUGAAAAAAUGGAGGAAUCUUCUUCUCCGAGAAAACGAGGGACUAGCUUGCAACGAAACGAUUCUAAAAGAUCCGCGAGGAAAGAUGCGGUCAAAAACACAAGUGAAGAAUUAAAAAAUAGGCCGCGGAAUGAAUCGGACGAAAUAAAUUCUGUAAAAAUCCAGGAUAGCUUUCAAGAGACAUCAUUUUAAUUUAUUACGAGACUCGUUAGUUAUUAAUAUUAAUAUAUCGUUGAGUAUUAUAAAUAUACAUUUCCAUAUUUUGUAUACUUUGAGAAAAAGAAAGGAAAUUGCCACAUUAUAAUUUAAGUUUAUUAAUACGACCUUUAUAUAUAGUUUUGUUUCAAAUAUGAAUUAAGUGUUUGACAGUAAAUGGAUGGAUUAUUUAUUCUAUUUAUGUCAAAUUAAAUUAUUAUUAUAUGUAUAUAAUGCAAGACAUUAAAAAAAAAUUAUAUAUUUUUAUUUCAUAAUGCUGGAGAGAAACAUAUUUAAAAAAAUUUCAUUUCCUUUACUAUCUUCAUAAAAAAAAAUAUAAAUAUCAUGUACAACUAUUGUGAGAUGCAAUUAAAAUUAUUUCUCCAAUUUAUUUUGUAACCUUAAAUGGUUUAAUAUGUAACUGUGUACAUUUGGAUAUUAAAUAUAAUUUUUUGUAACAAAAUUAA